AUGUCGCUGUUCCCCAGAAUCGCAUUUGCCCCAGUCCGCGUCGGCCCCAACCGGCGGGGAGCGGAACUUGCACCCAUCUUCAGCCUUUUGGACGACUCGCUCAACGAAGUCGCAAAGGCCCAACCCCAGACUUUGAACCACUUCAAGCCUGCCUUUGACGUCAAGGAGACCGAUGAAGGCUACACUCUAGAGGGCGAGCUCCCCGGUGUCGACCAGAAGGACAUCAACAUCGAAUUCACCGACGAAUACACCUUGACCGUGAAAGGCCGGGUAGAACGCCAUUCCGAGUCCGGAACUCCUCCAUCAGAACAAACCGACAAGAAAGACACCAAGCCACCGCGCAAGCCCACGGUUGAAGAGGAGGAGGAAGCCAAAGCCAAGGAGGAGGGCAAGGAAGUGACCUCGCAGCAACAAUCAUCCGAGGUCGCCAAAGAUGCUCGCCCGCAACAUCACUACUGGAUCUCGGAGCGCUCGAUUGGAGAGUUCGCUCGCACUUUCACCUUCCCGGCACGUGUGAACCAAGACGCGGUCAAGGCGUCCUUGAGGAAUGGUGUCCUGACCAUCCACGUGCCUAAGGCUCCAGCCCCUCAAACCAAGCGGAUCACUGUUGAGUAA